AUCAUUUCGUUUCCUCAUAACUGUAUCGGCGUGCGUUCGAUAAUGUUCCUCCCUACCGUGUUGUUUUUACUAACGUUAUCAAUCGCAAACAAUGACGCAGCAAGAAUACUGGCUUUCUUCCCCGUUCCGUCCAUCAGUCAUCAAGUAGUAUUCCGACCGUUAACUCAAGAACUUGCAAAGCGAGGCCAUGAAGUCAUUGUCAUCACACCAGACCCUGCCUUCCCAAAGGGAGAAUCACCAAGAAACUUGAAAGAAAUUGACGUUCAUGAUCUAUCCUAUGGCGUAUGGAAUGCCUUAUAUGAAAAGACUUCAACUGGAGAACCGGACUUGGUCUUUCAAAUGAGCCUUGUCUACAAUACAAUGGUAGACCUAGUCGAGAAACAAUUGAAGGUAGAUGAGGUACAGAAAAUGUUGAAAGAAAACAAGAGGUUUGAUUUGCUGAUGACCGAAGCUUGUAUAAGACCAGCCUUAGUUCUAUCUCAAGUAGUCGAUGCUCCAGUGAUUCAAGUAUCCUCCUUUGGUCCUAUGAACUUCAAUUUGGAAACGAUGGGAUCUGCUAUGCACUUGUUCUUGUAUCCCAAUCAUAUGCGACAACGUCUAUACAAUAUGACAACGUGGGAGAAAUUGUUGGAACUCUAUAAUAUUUAUAGAAUUGAAAAGGCUAUAGGAGAAGUGGAAGAAGCAGAAAAUGAGAUGGGCAAAAGAUUGUUUGGACGUGAUACGAAGACUAUAAGUGAAUUAAAAGAAAAUGUUCAUAUGUUGUUCUUGAAUAUUCAUCCUCUUUGGGAAGGGAAUCGUCCAGUGCCUCCUAGUAUUAUUUAUAUGGGAGGACUGCAUCAGAAGCCAGUGAAAGAACUACCUACGGACCUCAAAACAUACUUAGACUCUUCAAAGAAUGGCGUGAUAUACAUCAGCUUUGGCACAAAUGUCCAGCCUUCACUUCUACCACAGGACAAGAUCCGAAUAAUAGUCAAAGUGUUCUCUCAGCUGCCCUACGACGUGCUAUGGAAGUGGGACAAGGACGAACUGCCGGGACGCUCUAAGAACAUCAGGAUAUCUAAAUGGCUGCCACAGUCUGAUAUGCUCAGGCAUCCAAAAAUCAAGCUCUUCAUAACACAAGGAGGUCUACAAUCAACAGACGAGGCUAUAACUGCGGGAGUGCCUCUAGUAGGAGUUCCACUCAUAGGAGAUCAAUGGUACAACACAGAGAAAUAUGAACACCAUGGAAUUGGUGUUAAGGUUGAUUUUCCUACAUUGACUGAGACAAAUUUCAAGAAGGCUAUUAAUACUGUUCUUAGUAAUAAAAGUUAUCGUCAGAACAUAGAGAAGCUACGCAAUGUAAUGCACGACCAGCCUCAGCCUCCUCUAGAGCGCGCCGUGUGGUGGACGGAGCACGUGCUGCGUCACGGCGGCGCGAGACAUCUGCGUGGACCUGCAGCCAACAUGUCGUGGGCAGAGUACCUCGAACUAGAAUUAGUGUUUGUUCUGUUAGGAAUAGUUAUAAGCAUUGUUGUAGUAUUAUCAUUCCUUCUAUGUACAUUAUGGAGGUGUAUAAGUCCAAGUGCAGAGCAAAAGAAAGUUAAGAAGAAUUAAUUGUUUUUUUUUUUUAAGUACUUUAGCACUUAGUCACAUUUCAAUGUACAAAGGACGUGAGAAAUGAGUGAAAAUACAUUGUUACUUAUUAUGAUUAUAAAGACAAAAAAAAUGGUACGAAUAUUAUAAUAAUAUUACUUUUUCUAUAAUUGAGCAUGAAAAAUCUAUCGGUGCCAAUUUUACUGUAGGUUUUUUUAAUAAAGAAAAUAUUUGUGUCUUAAAAUUA